AUGGCUCGUACCAAGCAAACGGCACGCAAGUCGACCGGCGGAAAGGCGCCGCGCAAGCAGCUCGCCGCCAAGGCUGCCCGCAAGUCGGCGCCGCAGACCGGUGGUGUCAAGAAGCCUCACCGCUACAAGCCCGGAACCGUCGCCCUCCGCGAGAUCCGUCGCUACCAGAAGUCGACCGAGUUGCUCAUCCGCAAGCUCCCCUUCCAGCGCCUCGUCCGCGAGAUCGCGCAGGACUUCAAGACGGACCUCCGCUUCCAGUCGUCGGCCAUUGGCGCCCUCCAGGAGGCUGCCGAGGCGUACCUCGUCUCGCUGUUCGAAGAUACCAAUCUCGCGGCCAUCCACGCCAAGCGCGUCACCAUCCAGCCCAAGGACAUCCAGCUCGCUCGUCGCCUCCGUGGCGAGCGGUCGUGA